AUGAAGUACCAUCUGUUGCCGGACCAGAGAUCCGAUUUUGCUAGCAAGCAGACCGAACAACGGAGCCCAGACGGCCUGAUGCCAUACAUAUUCGCUAUUGGCAGCGGUAGUUUGUUCACUAUACACAGCGCUGGUGAGUGUUACAACCCUAGACACGACCGUUGGCUACCGAUUGCGCCCAUGUCCAAAUGUCGAAGUCAUGCGGGUAUGGGAUCGCUGGGCAAAUAUUGA